UCUCGCUCUUUGCACUGUCCUGACUGUCACUCUCUGCACGUCCUACAUUCUGCCUGCGUCUCAGGGACAUUUAGAGGGUCUUUGAAGGGGGUGUACACGAGGAGGAGGGGUCACUUGUGUUUCUAUGUCAUCGUUGCCUGCAGUCUGAGAAGGAAAGCAAAGCCUGGAAGCCACAAUGGAGCACACUAAGCAGGUUCGGGUUCUGAUGCUGAACGAUAUGGAGAAGCUAGAGAAGAGGCUCUUCCGGCUUGAACAAGGCUUCGAGCUACAAUUUAGACUGGGCCCCACUCUGCAAGGGAAGAAUGUCACUGUAUAUACCAAUUAUCCCCCACCCGGAGGCAUCUAUGACCGGCAGACUUUCUAUGCUUUACAAUGGCAAAACCCAACUGGCCGAGAAGAAGAUUCAGACAAGUUCUGCAAAGUGGAUCUGCAGGUUGCUGGCUCAUUUCAGUAUCGCUUUGAUCACAAUGGACAGAAGAGUGGGGAAGGUUACAUUGUAGUGGAUCCUCUUUUGAAAAUUGGAGCUGAUAACCGUGUGCUCCCUCUGGAUUGUAUCACCCUUCAGACCUUUCUUGCAAAAUGCCUGGGGCCAUUUGAUGAGUGGGAGGAUCGGUUGAAAGUAGCCAAGGAGUCAGGUUACAACAUGGUGCACUUUACUCCCCUCCAGACUUUGGGUAAAUCUCGAUCUUGUUAUUCUUUGGCUGACCAGUUGGCGCUGAAUCCUGAUUUCUCCAGGCAAGGGAAGAAAUACACGUGGAAAGAUGUUGGAAAAUUGGUGCACAAGAUGAGGACAGAGUGGGAUAUGUUGUGCAUCACAGAUGUUGUAUAUAACCAUACAGCUUCUAAUAGCAAAUGGAUUAAAGAUCACCCAGAGUGUGGGUACAACCUGGUUAACUCUCCCCAUCUCAAACCAGCCUGGUUACUAGACAGAGCAUUAUGGCACCUUACCUGUAAUGUGGCAGCAGGAAAAUAUGCUGCACGGGGGCUUCCGGCCCUCCUCCAAAAUGACCAGCAGCUAAAUACUUUUCGUGGCAUCGUAUGGGAGGAGAUCUACCCCAAGCUGAAGUUAUGGGAGUUUUACCAGAUCAAUGUGGCCAAAGCCGUGGAACAGUUCAGAACUCUGCUUGCUUCUGGUGCCCGGAAGAAAGGAUCAAAAGCAGACCCAAAGAACCUAGUGAUCAUUCAGGACCCACAAUUCAGGCGCUUUGGCUCUUCUCUGGAUAUGGAAAUAGCCCUUAGCACAUUCAUACCACACAGUAAUGGGCCUGCUGCCAUUGAGGAAUGCUGUAACUGGCUCCGCAAGAGGCUUGAAGAACUGAAUGCUGAGAAGCACAAACAGAUGAACUUCCACCAUGAACAGGCAGUAAAUUGCAUUUUGGGCACCAUCACCUAUGAUCGUCUAGCAAAUCAUGGCCCAAAGCUUGGAGCCAUAACGAAGAAGGAUCCUAUAGUCACCAGUUACUUCACUUUCCCAUUUGGAGCAAUGUCUUUGGAAGAGGAGGAACCACUAAUGCACCAGCAAGACAAAGCAUGCCACUUCUUGGCUCACAAUGGCUGGGUCAUGGGGGACGACCCUCUGAAAAAUUUUGCUGGUCCAGAUUCCAAUGUGUACCUGCGCAGGGAACUGAUCUGCUGGGGGGACAGCGUAAAGCUGAGGUAUGGUGACAAGCCAUCAGACUGUCCCUACCUAUGGGAACAUAUGAAGAAGUAUACUGAGAUCACUGCUAAGCAUUUUCAUGGAGUGCGCCUUGACAAUUGCCACUCCACCCCAAUUCACGUGGCAGAGUACUUACUGGAUGCUGCGAGGAAGUUGCGUCCGGACUUGUAUGUGGUGGCUGAACUUUUCACUGGGAGUGAGGAGCUGGACAAUGUGUUUGUCACUAGGCUGGGCAUUAGCUCUCUCAUAAGAGAGGCCAUGAGUGCAUACAACAGCCACGAAGAAGGACGACUCGUGUAUCGUUAUGGUGGAGAGCCUGUGGGAUCCUUUGUACAACCCAGCCUAAGGCCACUGGUUCCUGGAAUUGCCCAUGCACUGUUUAUGGAUGUUACACAUGACAAUGAAAGUCCAAUAGCACAUCGAUCUGCUUAUGAUUUGUUACCCAGUUCUGCCAUUGUGUCCAUGGCUUGCUGUGCUACAGGGGGUACUCGGGGGUAUGAUGAACUGGUUCCCCAUCAGAUCUCAGUGGUAACAGAGGAGAGAUUCUACACCAAGUGGAACCCAAAUCUAAAUGGUCCUAGUUCGUCUGAAGUAAAUGGACAGAGUGGGAUCAUCAUAGGCAAGAAAGCUGUGAACAGACUUCACCAAGAACUGGCAGCCCGCGGAUUCAUUCAGGUUUAUGUGGAUCAGGUGGAUGAGGAUAUUGUGGCAGUUACACGGCAUUGUCCCCAUACACAUCAGUCAGUGGUUGCAGUAUCCAGAACAGCAUUUAGAGAUCCCAAAACAUCUUUCUACAGCAAGGAGGUUCCACAGAUGUGCAUCCCAGGAAAAAUUGAAGAAGUAAUACUUGAAGCCAGGACAGUGGAACGGAAAUGUGAACCAUAUGAAAAAGAUGCAAAUUUCAUCAAUGGUCUACCACAAUACACCGUGGACAUCAAAGAGCACAUUCAGCUCAAAGACAGUAAAAUUGUGAAGCAAGCCGGAGUAACCACAAAGGGACCCAAUGAAUAUGUCCAGGAAAUAGACUUUGAGAAUCUGACUCCAGGAAGCGUGAUUAUUUUCAGGGUAAGUUUGGAUCCCAGUGCUCAGAAAUCUGUUGGCAUCCUCCGCAACCAUUUGGUACAGUUCACCCCUCACUUCAAGUCAGGCAGUUUGAAAGAUGACCAGGUGUAUCCUAUCCUGAAGGUGCCUUUUGCUGACAUUGCUGCUAAGCUGACUCUGGCUGACCUUAACCAAGUAUUGUAUCGAUGUGAUGCAGAAGAACAGGAGGAUGGUGGUGGAUGUUACAACAUCCCAAACUGGAAACCUUUGAAAUAUGCCGGUCUUCAGGGUUUAAUGUCUGUCAUGGUGGACAUUAGGCCUAAGAAUGACCUGGGACAUCCAUUUUGUGAUAAUCUGAGGUCUGGAGACUGGAUGAUUGACUACGUUAGCAACCGGCUCAUUGCUCGUGGAGGGACAUGUGCAGAAGUUGGCAAAUGGUUUGCUGCAAUGUUCGCCUACUUGAAGCAGAUCCCACGCUAUCUUAUACCAUGUUACUUUGAUGCCAUUAUGGUUGGAGCAUACACCACCCUAUUGGAAUCUACAUGGAAACAAAUGUCUAGCUUUGUACAGAACGGGUCCACUUUUGUGAAACACUUGGCUCUGGGAUCAGUACAGAUGUGUGGAGUUGGCAGAUUUCCGACCUUGCCAGUUUUGUCUCCCUCUCUACCAGAUGUUCCCUAUCGGGUCAAUCAAAUAACUCAGGAGAAGGAGCAAUGUUGUCCUUCAUUAGCUGCUGGUCUUCCACAUUUCUCCUCUGGUAUUUUCCGUUGCUGGGGCAGAGACACAUUCAUCUCUCUGAGAGGGUUACUGCUAGUCACUGGACGCCACAUUGAGGCCAGGAACAUUAUUCUGGCAUUUGCUGGAACCCUGAGACAUGGGCUCAUCCCCAACCUUCUAGGUCAGGGCACUUAUUCUAGGUAUAACUGCCGUGAUGCUGUGUGGUGGUGGCUUCAGUGUGUACAAGAUUACUGCAACAUAGUUCCUAAUGGCAAAGAAAUCCUCAAGUGUCCAGUCUCUAGGAUGUACCCCAAAGAUGAUUCCCCUCCAACAGCUGCUGGGCUAGUGGACCAGCCUCUCUAUGAUGUUAUCCAAGAGGCUCUGCAGCGUCAUGCACAGGGUAUCAACUUCCGAGAGAGGAAUGCUGGGCCCCAAAUAGACCGGAACAUGAGGGAUGAAGGAUUUACUAUCAAUGUGGGCGUUGACUCAGUGACAGGCUUUGUGUUUGGUGGAAAUAGAUUAAACUGUGGCACCUGGAUGGAUAAAAUGGGAGAGAGUGAACGUGCCCGAAAUAGAGGAAUUCCAGCAACACCAAGGGAUGGAUCUGCAGUAGAGAUUGUCGGCCUUAGUAAAUCCACAAUGCGCUGGCUGACUGAGUUGAGUAAGAAGAAUUUGUAUCCAUACAAAGGAGUCAAGGUGCAGAGGGAAGGGAAAGAGGUGUUAAUAGCUUUCUCUGAGUGGAACCAGCACAUUCAAGAUAAUUUCGAGAAAUACUUUUAUGUCUCAGAAGACCCUUCUGACCCCAAUGAACAGCGUCCAGAUCUGGUUCACAAACGGGGCAUUUACAAGGACAGCUAUGGAGCAUCCAGCCCCUGGUGUGACUACCAGCUCCGGCCAAACUUUGCUGUGGCCAUGGUGGUGGCACCAGAGCUUUUCACCCCUCUUAGAGCCUGGAAAGCUCUUGAAGUCGCAGAGAAAAAGCUUAUGGGACCUCUGGGAAUGAAAACUUUGGACCCAGAUGACAUGGUAUACUGUGGAGUUUAUGACAACGCUCUGGAUAAUGACAAUUACAACCUUGCAAAAGGAUUUAAUUACCACCAAGGACCGGAAUGGCUCUGGCCCAUCGGGUAUUUUCUGCGUGCCAAGCUGCACUUUGCAAAGCUUAUAGACCGUGAAACCUACCAGAAGACAGUGGUGUUAGUGAAGAAUGUUCUGUCCCGUCACUACAUACAUCUAGAAAGAUCCUCCUGGAAAGGUCUCCCUGAACUCACCAAUGAGAAUGGCCAAUAUUGCUCAUUCAGCUGUGAGACGCAGGCCUGGUCCCUGUCCGUAGUACUGGAAGUUCUGCAUGACCUUUAGAUAUAAUGUUCAUCUUGUAGGAUCCGUGAAUUAUUGAUAGUUCUGCAACUUUCUUCUGAAGAGGAUCUUUCUGUAUGCUGAAGAGGACUGAUACCCCUAAAUAUCUGCUAGCUGGUGACUUUACUGUAAUGGGAAACCCAUAUAACAGAGACACUUACUGUGCACGCUUAGUCACUGAAACAAAUAUGAAAUGCUUUGUUUACUUUGCACAUUACACUUCUCUCAUCAGUCAUACAAUAAUCAUGUUUGUGCCACACAUCCAGGAUCCGCAGCCCUCCAUUGUAUACAAUGUUUCUUUUCUUACUCUUCUUAAUAAAUGUAAAUAAAGUCACAGAGACCCUGAUGCUUAGGACGCUCUAUUGUACGUCAUGGCGUAUGGGAGGUCCCUGAUGGGCGGUCUCUGAGGGUCAGUGUUGUGAAUAGGGAUCAGACAUUCUUAGAAUUAUGACAAUUGAAUGAUUAGAUAAAUGGAUUGCAGUCUGGUGACACCGAAGAAGGUGCAAAUAACAAAACUGUGUUUAAUUUUGUCUGUUACAUCAUAUACUAUAUCGUCGUCUUCCUGGCCAUAUAGUCAUGGCAGAAGUGUGUGUGGUCAGAACAAAUAGAACGUUUGAGGCUCUGCAUAGCUCAUGUUAAUGAGGUCGUGUUAAGGCUUGUUGUUUACAGUCUGCUGUAUACCUGUGCAAUAAACUAUAUAACAGUCAC